AAGUCAGGGUGGAGAGUAACCGGACCCAGCCUCCUGGUAAAACUGAGGAAGGAGAAGUUGUGGGCUUGAGCAACAGAAAGAUAAAGUGCGUUGUUCAGUGUGGCAGAUUUUUUGCAAGUAUUUGAAGGUACGUGAAGGAGCUGAAUACCAUGCCAGUGUACACAGUGACUGUGGCCACGGGGAGCCAGUGGUUUGCAGGGACGGAUGAUUAUGUGUACAUCACGCUGGUGGGGACGGAGCGCUGCAGUGACAGGACCUUGCUGGACAAACCGCUCUACAAUGACUUUGAAAGAGGCGCGGUGGACUCGUAUGACGUGCGUGUGGGGGAGAACCUGGGAGACAUUGUCCUGGUGAAGCUGGAGAAGAACAAAUACUGGGUCCAGGAUGACUGGUACUGCCGCUACAUCACCGUCAAGACUCCCGAGGGAGACUACAUAGAGUUCCCCUGUUUCCGCUGGCUCACUGACGACAAGGAGGUCGUGCUUAGGGAUGGAAAAGCUCACCUUCCCCAGGACGAUAAGAUCAGCCUGGUCAAACAGCACCGCCAGAAAGAGCUGGACACAAGACGCAAAACAUACAGGUGGAAGGAGUGGCAACCCGGUUUCCCUAUGAGCAUCGACGCCAACCACCAUAGAGACCUGCCCCGAGACAUCCAGUUCGACAGCGAGAAGGGCGUCGACUUUGUGCUCAACUACAGCAAGGCCAUUGAGAACCUCUUUGUGAACCACUUCAUGCACAUGUUCCAAUCAUCUUGGAGUGACUUUGCUGAUUUUGAGAAGAUUUUCGUGAGAAUCAAAAACACCAUAUCAGAGUACGUGAUGGAACACUGGCAGGAGGAUUUCAUGUUUGGAUACCAGUUCCUGAACGGCUGUAAUCCUGUGGUGAUUCAGAAGUGCACCAAAAUCCCAGAAAAAUUCCCAGUCACAGAUGAGAUGGUUAAAGUCAGCCUGGAGAGAGAGCUCACACUGGAGGAGGAAGUCAAGGCUGGUAACAUCUACAUUGUGGACUUUGAGAUUUUGGACGGCAUCACUGCAAACAGCACAGACCCUUGCACUCUGCAGUACGUAGCUGCUCCGAUCUGCCUGCUCUACAAGAACCUGCGCAACAAGAUUUUGCCUAUAGCCAUCCAGCUCGGACAGACCCCAGGAGAAGACAACCCCAUCUUCCUGCCCACAGACUCCAAGUACGACUGGCUCCUGGCGAAGAUCUGGGUGCGCUCCACGGACUUCCACUACCACCAGACCAUCACCCACCUCCUGCGUGCCCACCUGAUGACAGAGGUGUUCGGGAUCGCCAUGUACAGGCAGCUGGCGGCAGUGCACCCAGUCUUUAAGCUGAUCAUUCCUCACGUCCGCUUCACCAUCGCCAUCAACACCAAGGCCCGAGAGCAGCUCAUCUGUGAGUGUGGAAUCUUCGAUAAGGCUAAUGCCGUAGGAGGAGGAGGGCAUGUGGAGCUGGUGCAGAAAGCUGUGAAGAGCCUCACCUUCAGGUCCCUGUGUUUCCCCGACAUGAUCAAAGCUCGAGGGAUGGACAACCCCGAAGAGGUGCCCACAUACUUCUACAGAGACGACGGAUACCUGGUGUGGGACGCUACCAAGAGUUUUUUGUCUGAAGUGGUGAACAUUUACUACAAAAACGAUGAGGCUGUUAAGGCAGAUGUGGAGAUCCAGGCGUUUGUCAAAGACGUGUGCAGCUUCGGCAUGCAAGACUUCGAUCACUGUGAAUUCCCCAAAUCCCUGAAGACCAUUGAGGAGCUGGUGGAGUACCUGACCGUGGUGGUGUUCACAGCCUCCGCUCAGCACGCCGCCGUCAACUUUGGACAGUACGACUGGUGCUCGUGGAUCCCAAACGCUCCCUCCACCAUGAGGAAGCCCCCUCCCACACAGAAGGGCCUGGCUGAUGUCAACCUGAUCAUACACAGUCUGCCAGACAGGGGGCGCUCCAGCUGGCACCUGGGAGCAGUGUGGGCCCUGAGCCAGUACCAGGAGAACGAGCUGUUCCUGGGCAUGUAUCCGGACGAGCACUUCAUUGAGAAACCAGUGAAGACAGCAAUGGAGAACUUCAGGAAAAGGCUGUCAGAGAUCAACAGCACCAUCAAGAGGAGGAACGAGGGAAAGAGACUGCCCUACUACAACAUGUCCCCAGACCGCAUCCCCAACAGUGUGGCUGUGUGACAGAUCUGAUUGUGUGACGCAAAAAAAAAAAAGAGAAAACUGUUGAAUAUUGUGAAGUAAUUGAUCAGUAACUAGGGAUUUUAAAGUUCAUAUGAGGUUUUGAUUCUCUAAUUUUGACUAAAUUUGUAAACUAUAAAUGAUAGUUUUACAUAAAUUGAGAAGCAAUUUGGGAAGAAAAGUUGAAAAGCUUUUGAAGUAGAUUUCUGUUCAGCGCAAUUUACACACAGAACACAUUUUUUCUGAGACUUUAAACAUGAUUUCAAUAAAAUAAAUGUGUUUUCUUGUA